AUGGAAAAUUAUAUAUUCCCAUUUAAAAUCACACCUUAUAAUUUUAUGCUUACUCCCUCCCUACGUGAGCGAACAAAAUCAUAGAAAAAUCCCUAUUUUUGCCCAAAAACCCACCCUCCGUGAGCGAACAAAACUUUUUUUAAUAGAAAAUUUUUUUAUGGGAAAAAAUUUUGAUAUGUAAGUGAUAAUAGUAUAAUGAAAUUUCAAGCUAAUUCUGUUUAAUUUUAAACAAAUUGAUUUUUAAAACAUAAAUUUCACAAAUUAAAUUAAUAUUUGCUUUCCAAUUUUUGCGAAUUAGGAUAUUUUAAAAUUUCGAAAAAAAAUGUUUUUUAUAAAUUUAUAUAGAAUUUUUUUUUAAAAAAAAAACUCCGAGAGUGAAUAAGAUCUUUUUGUUCGCUCACGGAGGGGGGAGUUAAAGUAUUCAAAUCCCCUUAUAAGGUAUAUAAAACUCAAAGGUAAGAAUUUAUGUCAUUUUUUUAGCUCCUCCAAACCACUUUUAUUUUUUUGAAGACUUAUAUGAUACCGGCCUCAGAAGAGGGGACGCAAUUUUUAUAUUUUACGACAGGGUUGCGUAUGCAUUUUAUUUGGAAACAAAUACAACUCAAAGAGAAAAGCUAAAAGAGCUUCUAUAUGGAUCUAUUAUGAUAACUCAAGCUGAUUGAGUUGGAGACUAUGGUAAAGAAAUAAAACAGAGGUAUAUAAAGGAGUUUUCAUACCCACUUGAUUACCGAUGCUUUUCCUUUGACGCUGCAAUGCUACUUUUACAUGGAAUUAGGUAUACAAUUAACCAAGGAGGAAAUGUGGAAAAUUCGACACUCCUUAAUACAUAUUUAAGGAAUCAGAAAUUUACUGGGUGUUCAGGGACGAUUGCAAUAGAAUCAGAUACUAAUGAUAGGAGCACAGGGAUUAUUGGGGUUUAUAGCAUGGUGUAG